AUGCACCCAGACUUCGCCGCCCAUGUGGUGGCCUCGUGUCUAUACCAACACGCACUCUCAACCAAUAUUUACCCAGCCAUCAUCUUCAAUCUCAUCGUCAUACUUUCUAUCGUCGCUGCCAACAAUGUCGGCUACAUCACCUUUCGCCCUCGUGCCGCCUACGUCGCUCCUACCGAGCAGCCAAACCCUCCCGUCGUCCCCUCGACUGUCUGCCACUGCAACCACAAGAAAAAUGUCGCCGACCUCCGCGCAAAACUGGCACUCGCCAAGGCUGAGCUGAAGGAUUCCUCCACCGAGAUCGACCUCUACAACAUCGACCUCGACGCAAUGCGUACGCAGCUUGCGGCAGAGACCGCCCGAGCGGAUAUGGCGUCUUGCAAGGCGGAUGUGGUUUGCGACAAACUACUCGGAUUUCAGCGCGCGCUCAUCGCAGCGAACGCUGCUGUCGCCGCCGCCAAAUGUGAGGCCACCACGGCCAGCAAGAAGCUCGAUGACUCUCGCGCCAGCUUUGGCAAGGCGAACCUCGACGUCGCCCAUUAUCGGCAAGAACUCGCGGUGGCGCGCGGUGAAUUAGAGGUCUCCUCAACCACCACCCUCGCCCUGCAGAAAGAGCUCGAUCGUGCUCGUGCAGACGCCGCCGCCGCUCGUCAGGAAGUAGCCACCGUCCAGCAGACUGCCACCACCGCCGAGGACGCCAUUGCUGCUACACGCAUGGACCUCGCUUCCGCGCGAGCUGACGCCGACGAACUCGCAUUCCAGUUGAAGGAUGCGCAAACUACGAUUAUCAGGCUCGAAGCUCGCAACGAAACCGCCAAUGCACGCUUGAAGCAAACCCGCCAGGAGCUCGCGAACAUGAAGGCGGACAGCAGUGUCCUUCUCCGGUCAUACGAUGCUGCCGACGCAGCGGCCUUUGUCAUGGCACAUGCUGUCCGCGUUGCGGAGCUAGCUCAACUUCGCGAGAAGGAAGCGACGUUCGAUAACUUCAAGAGCAUAUACGCGCAGAAGUCGAUGUCCGAGGCGCAGGCCCGGAGCCAGGCUACCGGGCUCCAGGAGAAGUUAACUAAGCUCGAGGAUAAAUACUCGCAGCUAUCGCAACACCAUAUGAAAGUCUUUUUGGAGCAGGCAUCUACGCAGAUGGAGAUCGAUAAGCUCCGCGCCAGAGAGCUCGAGUUCGAGCUCGACAACGCUAAACUCACUCGUACCAUCGAAGAACGCGACGCGCUUCAAAAGACAGUCAACCAACUGACUGCCGAGGCUGCCGUCAGCAAAGACAGACAUGAGCAGGCCCUCGCCAUGCAGAAGUCGCGCAUCAGCGAGGCGGAGAAGGAGACGUCAAGGCAAAUCAAUCUUGUCAUUGCCGAGCGCGACCGUGCUCAGAACGAGGCCUACGACCUGUCUCUCCGGAACAAGAACCUCCAAAGCGAGACAGCCGAUCUUCGCAACGAGGUGUCUACGCUCAAGGACAAACUACGCGUGAGCGAGGCCGCGCGCGCUACUGCAACACAACAGGCCGAGUGCGCCGCGCUCGAACGCAGUCUCUCCCGCCCUCUUGCGCGUAUCGAGGCAAUCGCUCUCCAGGAUAAGCUUGCCGAGCGUGACGCCGAGAUCCAAGAUCUGCUUGAUCAGAUGAACGCUGCAUGCCCGCCGCGCGCGCCCACGCCGGAGAUCUCAUUCGCUCCUGCAGCCAGCCAAUCUGGAUAUCAGCUGCCAUUGACGCCCGCAGGCUCACUCGAGCUCGUUGACGACCGUCCGCUUCCUACGCCACCCAUCACCCCUGCCGGAGGCGUUGUCUUGCGUUCUCCCGAACGAGAUGCCUGGGAGACCCCUCUGGAGGAUGAUGAUGCGCCCGUAUCGCCCCCUCGCCCGGUCACACCCGCCGCCACAACUCCCAUGCGUAUCCCAAUGCGCAUCGGCGUCCCGCCCUCUCACCGAUCUCCCUUGGCGGAGCUCUUCGCCUCUAUCCCUCAAGCACCUGUGGGACCGCCCUCACCUGUUCCACGGCCAUCGACCGUCAAGCCUUCGCACCUCGGACAAUCGCGCCUACCGCGCCUGAUGGGGACGCCGCGCCACAAUGCCACCAUCGCCCAAUUCCACCCGAACGUCGUCCCCUCACCCGGCCCCGCUCUGCGCUCACCUGCAUCCGUCCCGCUUCCCGCUUCCCCCCCUACCGGCAGCGUGAACGGGACACCGGUGAACCGUCCUAGCUCGCGCAACGUACCAAGGCGCUCAAACGAGAACGAGGCUCUCAAUGCUACGCCGCGAUACACCGGUCUACCUAAGCCCCGUCCAGCGUUCAGUGCUACCUCUUCGCCCGCCGUCAAGCCUCCGCCGCCAUCCACUGGUCCUAGGAAGAGCCUCAAGCAGAGCCCUAGACCGCCGCAGUCCACUGGCCCCAAGAAGGGGCUCAAGGAGCGGUGA